CUGAACCCAAAAACUUUGUCCUCUUCUCCUCUUCAUUCAUCCAUCUCUUCCACUUCCUCUCCCACAAGCCGUCGUCUUGUCUCUCUUCACUCCUCAUCACUUAUACCCACUUCUUUCUUCACACACUCAGUCAAGAUGGUCAAGGCUGUGGUUGCUGGCGCCGCUGGUGGCAUUGGCCAGCCCCUUUCCCUCCUCCUCAAGACCUCUCCCCACGUCGACGAGCUUGCUCUCUACGAUGUUGUCAACACCCCCGGCGUUGCCACCGAUCUCUCCCACAUCUCCUCCCGCGCCAAGACCACUGGCUACCUCCCUGCCAAUGACGGCGCUAAGGCCGCCUUCAAGGACGCCGACAUUAUUGUCAUCCCCGCUGGCAUUCCCCGCAAGCCUGGUAUGACUCGCGAUGAUCUCUUCAACAUCAAUGCUGGCAUUGUCAAGGGCCUCAUCGAGGUCGCCGCCGAGGUCGCUCCCAAGGCCUUCAUCCUCGUCAUCUCCAACCCCGUCAACUCCACAGUCCCCAUCUCGGCCGAGGUUCUCAAGGCCAAGAACGUCUUCAACCCCCAGCGUCUCUUCGGUGUCACCACCCUCGAUAUUGUCCGAGCAGAGACCUUUGUCGCUGAUAUUGUUGGCGAGGCCAACCCCCAGAGCCUGACCAUCCCCGUCAUUGGUGGUCACUCUGGUGAGACCAUUGUUCCUCUCUUCAGCAAGGCCUCGCCUUCUGUCUCUAUCCCCGACGACAAGUACGAUGCCCUCGUGAACCGCGUCCAGUUUGGCGGUGACGAGGUUGUCAAGGCCAAGGAUGGUGCUGGUUCCGCCACCUUGUCCAUGGCUUACGCCGGUUUCCGAUUCGCCGAGAAGGUUCUCCGUGCUGCCAAGGGCGAGACCGGCCUCGUCGAGCCCAGCUAUGUCUACCUUCCCGGUGUUCCCGGAGGUGAGGCUAUCGCCAAGCAGACCGGCGCUGACUUCUUCUCCGUUCCCAUUGAGCUCGGCCCCAACGGCGCCGAGAAGGCCAUCAACCCUCUGGAGGGCAUCACCGAGAAGGAGAAGGGCCUUCUGGCCAAGUGCGUUGAGGGUCUCAAGGGCAACAUUACCAAGGGCAUCAGCUUCGUCCACAACCCUCCCCAAAAGCUGUGA